AGCUUUGUAAACCAAGUGCGCUCUUUCUUUCUGGGAAAGGUAUCGUGGGGACAAUAGCUAGCUUUAACCUUUCCGUUUUUAGUUUUGGGAUCUUCUUUUCUAUUUUCUCUUGCUGUCGGACGUUUGGAUACACAUUUUUUAUCGGCGACCAAAUAGGGUUUGUCCUCCGAGGUUCACGAUUGUUAACCAAACCUUAUUGUAGGUUCAGAUUCAAGAGUUAACACCUGGAACUGAACCCGAAUGAUUCAUCGAACCUGGACAGUUAUUGGGGUUUUUUUUUUUCCUUAAAUAAAUUUAUUAAAAAACUCCUUUUGUAAAACAACAUGUUUAAGGACAAAGUAUUCGCUGACUGUGCCGGGUUCUGUUGGUUUUUUUUCUUUAAUGUAACUGCUCCGUUCCCCAGCCCUGCUGCGUUUUUCACUUUGUCUGCUCCGGCUUUUACGAUCAAAAGUAGAAGUGCAGUCUUUUCAGAGAGACAUGUGAGAAGGAAAACCUAUGACUGAAGGUCCCGGUUGAUGACUUCAAUGGGCCGUCCUUCUGAUCAGAAUCUUGAAACCAAAGAGAUCGAUCUGAGAAGUAUGUCGUCUUCUUCACAUGGUCAGGUACCACAAGUCUACAAAGUGGCAGUUCCUCCAAGACAGAACCUCUUCAAGGAAUUCCAAGCCACCAUUAAAGAAACAUUCUUUGCUGAUGAUCCUCUAAGACCCUUCAAAGAUCAAUCUAUAUCAAGGAAGUUCAUCCUCGGUAUUGAGGCCAUAUUUCCAAUACUUAAGUGGGGAAGAAGUUACAACCUUAAAAAAUUUAGAGGGGAUUUAAUAUCUGGUCUCACUAUUGCAAGUCUUUGCAUUCCUCAGGAUAUUGGAUACGCCAAGCUUGCACAUUUGUCUCCACAGUAUGGACUGUACUCAAGUUUUGUUCCACCAUUGAUCUAUGCUGUCAUGGGUAGCUCUCGUGAUAUUGCUAUAGGACCUGUAGCAGUGGUUUCUCUCUUGUUGGGGACCCUACUUAGUAAUGAGUUUGAUCCUAUUAAAAAUGCGGAAGAAUAUCAGCGACUUGCUUUUACAGCCACUUUUUUUGCUGGGAUUACUCAAGCAACGCUUGGUGUUCUUAGGUUAGGAUUCUUGAUAGACUUCCUAUCCCAUGCUGCUAUUGUCGGUUUUAUGGGGGGUGCUGCUAUCACAAUUUCCCUUCAACAGCUCAAAGGUUUCCUUGGCAUUAAAACUAAAAUGUUCACAACGAAAACUGAUAUUGUCUCUGUGCUGCAUUCAGUAUUCCAUACAGCCCAUCAUGGAUGGAACUGGGAAACUAUAGUCAUUGGAGCUAGUUUUUUGGGUUUUCUUCUGGUCACCAAAUACAUUGGAAAGAAAAACAGGAGAUUAUUCUGGCUGCCAGCAAUUGCUCCAUUGAUAUCCGUUAUUUUGUCCACUUUUUUUGUAUUCAUAACCCGUGCAGAUAAGAAAGGAGUAGAAAUUGUGAGAAAAAUAGAAAGAGGAAUCAAUCCAUCAUCUGUUAAAGAUCUUUAUUUAACAGGAGAAAACCUUGGAAAAGGUUUUAAAGUUGGCAUCGUGGCAGGCAUGAUAGCAUUGACUGAAGCCUCGGCAAUUGGAAGAACAUUUGCAUCUAUGAAGGACUAUCAACUGGAUGGAAACAAAGAAAUGGUUGCACUAGGAACAAUGAAUAUUGUUGGUUCAAUGACUUCCUGUUAUGUGGCAACUGGUUCUUUCUCUCGGUCAGCAGUAAAUUUCAUGGCUGGCUGCCAAACUGCAGUCUCUAACAUUGUGAUGUCAGUAGUUGUGUUCUUAACCCUGGAAUUCAUCACUCCACUUUUUAAGUACACUCCAAAUGCCAUUCUUUCUGCCAUCAUCAUUUCUGCUGUCGUCAACCUUAUAGACUAUGAGGCAGCAAUUUUGAUUUGGAAGAUAGAUAAAUUUGACUUUGUCGCUUGCAUGGGUGCAUUCUUUGGCGUUGUUUUUGUCUCGGUUGAGAUAGGACUUCUAAUUGCUGUCUGUAUAUCCUUUGCAAAGAUCCUACUACAAGUAACAAGACCCCGAACCGCAAUUCUGGGGAAGAUUCCUAGGACUAAUGUCUAUAGAAACAUCCAACAAUAUCCAGAAGCUAGUAAGGUUCCAGGUGUACUGAUUGUGAGAGUUGAUUCUGCGGUAUAUUUUUCCAACUCCAAUUAUGUCAAAGAAAGGACAUUAAGAUGGCUGACGGAUGAAGAAGAAAAAGUGAAAGGAGACUACCCCACAAAAAUCCAGUUUUUGAUAGUUGAAAUGUCACGUGAGAGUCUUUAUUUUAAUCCUAAAUUCGUUAUACCCCUUACAAAUUCCCGGAGUAAAACCUUCAUUUUCGUCUUGUUAAUUUUUUAUUAUUUAUUGAGUUUGGUGUUCAUGAUGCAGCCGUUACUGAUAUUGAUACAAGUGGCAUCCAAGCCUUCCAAGAGUUACAUAGAAGUCUUGAAAAGAGAGGAGUUGAGCUUGUUCUGGCAAAUCCUGGUCCAGUAGUGACAGAGAAGCUUUACGCAUCCAAUUUUGUAAACGCAAUAGGAGAGGACAAGAUCUUCCUCACCGUUGCAGAGGCUAUUGCAUAUUGUUCUCCAAAGGUGGUUGAGGACCCUUGAAAAAGAUGAAAUAUUGUUGAGAGUAGAGACCAGAAAUCUUCAGUAUAGUAGUUAGGUAGUAAAGGAUUAGACAGAAAAAGGUGUAGUGGAAUGCUACAGUUAGUGCUUUGUAGGAUCCUUAUCCUAAAGUGUGUAGAUUAAAGUUGAUAUUUUGAAAAGAAAGAUAAAAUUACAAGUUACAGCUUUACUUGGUUGUUUGUAUGAAGUAUAUAUGGUCUCAUUUUCAGAAGGGAAGCAGUUGUUCAUCAUCCCUUCCUCUCUUAUUGAACCACAGAAAUUAUUACAAGAAUAUAUAAAGCAAAUAAAUUGUACCCUUUUUUUCCUUCCAUUUUGUGUUUGUAAUUGACCAAGUUUGAGGAGAUGAAUGGAGCAGGUGGAUUUUCUUUUUCUUUCUUCUUGUUACGUACAGACAGAUGGAACAGGUGAAUGAAUCAUCCUUGGUUCUUGCAUGAACCAAGAGGCUAAACAAAGCCAGAUUCAUGUAAGCACACUUUGUAAAAAGUGUUUCACUUUC